CUGUCAGGAUGAGCUCAGAGUCACUUUAAAACUCCUGGAGUAAACCUCUCGACAGGCAUGUGGCAUGUACUGCAGCGCCGCCAGGAGACUGAGCUGGAAAACAUGCCAGCCGCUGGCCCUGUGGACAGAGCGCAGACCGUGUCUUUUCCGCUCAUGGAGGUCACGUUUCCAAGUGUGGUUUGUGUGCUGGAGAAGAGAGUUGACUGUUCGCCUCUGUGAUGGGGUGAACCGUGCUCGCCACAAAAAGACACGCUGCAGCCCAACCCCCAGGCCCUCAGAAGGUGACUGCCCUUGGAGGUGGGGACUUCACAGAGGCCACCGAGUUAAAAUGGAGUCAUUUGGGUGGCCCUGACCCCCCGCGACUGUGUCCUUAUAGAAAGGGGACGUUUGGGGGAGGGUACAGCUCAGCAGUGGAGCAUGUACUCAGCAUGCACAAGGUCCCAGUGCAAUCCCCAGCACCUCCACCAAGGAACAGACAAGCAAAGAAACCAGCCUAGCCCCCCACCCCUCAACAACGGCACCCACUGGAAACUGUUCAGCCCCCGGCGUGUCCCGUCUGGGGCGGCCAUGAGCCCUCUCGCCUUCCUGAGCGCCGCCGAGUCUCUUCCAGGCGGUUCCAGGGACACCCGCCCUCAGGCUUGUCUCUGUCCCACAGGAAACGGCACGUCAGCGACCAGCCCUGCCCUGUGGACUGGCGCGCCCCCGCCGAACUGCACCAUGGCCUUCGAGGAGAGCAGGGUGUUCCUGGUGGCGGUGUACAGCGCCGUGUGCAUGCUGGGUCUCCCGGCCAACUGCCUGACGGCGUGGCUGACGCUGCUGCAGGCGCUGCAGGGCAACGUGCUGGCCGUCUACCUCUUCUGCCUGGCGCUCUGCGAGCUGCUCUACAUCGGCACCCUGCCGCUCUGGGUCAUCUACGUCCAGAGGCAGCACCGCUGGACCCUGGGCCCCUGGGCCUGCAAGGUGACCGCCUACAUCUUCUUCUGCAACCUCUACGUCAGCAUCCUCUUCCUGUGCUGCGUCUCCUGCGACCGCUUCGUAGCAGUGGUGUACGCACUGGAGAGCCGGGGCCGCCGCCACCAGAAGACCGCCGUGCUGGUCUCAGCCUCCAUCUUCAUCCUUGUCGGGCUCGUCCAUUACCCGGUGUUUCAAAUGGAGGACAAUGACACCUGCUUCGAGACGCUGCCAAUGAACCGCGGGGUGGCAGUGUACUACUACGCGAGGUUCACGGCAGGCUUCGCCGCCCCCAUGUCCAUCAUCGCCUUCACCAACCAGCGUAUCUUCCGGAGCACCAAGCUGAGCACCGGCCUGAGCGCCGCCCAGAAGGCCAAGGUGAAGCAGCUGGCCAUCGCGGUCGUGGCCAUCUUCCUGUUUUGCUUUGCUCCCUAUCACCUGGUGCUCCUGGCCAAAGCCGUCGCCUUCUCCUACUACAGGGGAGACGCCGACUCUGUGUGCGCCUUCGAAGCCAGACUGUACACCACCUCCAUGGUGUUCCUGGGCCUGGCCACGGUCAACAGCGUGGCUGACCCCAUCAUCUACAUGCUGGCCACGGGACUUUCGCGCCAAGAAUUGUGCAGAAUCCAUAAGGAGUGGAAAAAGUUGUCCACAAAGGCGGACGUCACCAAGCUCACGUGCUCCAAGGACUCGGAGGAGGUGCAGCUGCCCACGCCACUCACAGAUGGCUGCACACACGCUCCCGGGCCAUGGCCGGGUGCCCUGGAGAGGCUGACCGAGGACACGUGCUGAGCUCAGCCUGCCGCAGGGCAGGACACCGGCACCGUGACUGCUCUGCCACUGAGCCCACCAGCCAGUGUCCACGGCGCCAGCUGUGGAGCCCCGUCCAGAUGACACACCCCCUAUUUCUCAUGCCUGGAGCCUGCCCCUUGGGGGUCCCGGUCUCCCAGGCGUCCCCACUGGGUACAGAAACCCCCUGAGGAAGGUGGCGGCACGCCAGAGUGAGGGCGCGCCUUCAGGCUGCGGGAGAGCGCGCGGCAGGCAGGAGGGCGUGCUCUGGCCGGCUCGGCUAUUAGCAAACAGCGGGGCUGCUGGCAGUGGCCGUGUGCAUGUCUGGGGCUGCUGGCAGCUGGCCCAGCCGUGCACGGGGAGGUGCCUGUCAGCCCCCUAGUGAUGACUUUAUUCUCUGUGCUUUUCUGCAGGCGUCACCUGAAUGGCUUGGAAGGGAGACGGCGGGGCCUCUGUGCUUCUGCCUCAGAACCUUCGUGCAGGCAGGCCUGGUCACCAGGGGCCAGGAGCCCAGCCCUGAGGGCCCUCGGCUGCGGCUGAUGCUGCACUGGGCUGCAGACGCUCAGGGGAGCUGCGGGGUGGGUGCAGCCCACGCGUCCUGCAGGGAGCCCAGGUACCCUGUCAGGGACACCGUCAGCCAGGCGUCCGCUGUGCACCCCAGGAAGGACGAUGUGUUGCCACAGGGCUUGGAGAAUGGCUACGAUUUCUUCUCAUCAAGGCUUCCCGGCUUGGUUGUCCGGGGAGAAGCUGGUUGCGGGUUCUGGCCAGUCCAGCCCCUCACCAAGGCACCGAUGGAGCAUGGAUGGAGCACAGAACUGGGUGCUCGGGGAGACAGUGGGCUCCUGGGAACUGCGCAGCUGAGUGAAAUCCGGGUCCUGCCCCAACCAGCCCCAUUGCCAGGUCGCAUGGCCGCCUCGGUUUCCCCAUCUGUGACAGGGCCAGCGACCCUGCCCUUAGUAGUGGGGUUGGGUCCGGUGGGGGCUGACCCACUAGCUCUGCCUCAGGCACGCCCCCCGUGCCCGCAGCACAGCGGCCUGGAACCGCCUGGAUGGACCGGGGCUCUCGGCUCCCUGGGCAGCCGCAGAGUGGCCUCUUCACGGGAGAGACUGAGAAGAUACACGGUUUAGAAAACACGUUUAGAAAUAAAAAUACGAAACAAC